AAAUAACAAACACGUCCUGCAAUGAACAAAGAUGCCUUGCUCAAUCAGCUGUCCUGAGAUACCUGACUUCUAUGAUGUAAUGGCACUGUGUAACGUUUCCUCCGCCUGCAUGGGCGGACUGGCGGUGCCUCUAUAUAUACCCGAGACGCAACAGGUCAAGCCAGAACAAACUCCAACUGGAACUCGUCAGCUAGGCAAACAUUAAAGAUACAAAAUGGGAGGCAACAGAACACUGGUGAACAGCUGCUGCUGUGGCUGCUCAUUGCGCACCGGAGCGCUCAUCAUAGCUGCCCUCAGUCUGAUAUAUGGGUUGAUUGGCAUCGCUUACAGUAUUUACAUUAUCGUUGCUGGUGUGGUUGAGGGCUGGCUGGACCUGGCCUUGGCUCUCCUCAACGUCAUCUUCGCCAUCAUCCUCAUUGUGGGUGUGCGCCAGUGUCGCCGACGUCUGGUGAUGGCGUGGGUGUGGGCAGCUGUACUGAGUGUGAUUUUGGGCGUUGUGUUGGGCGUCCUCUACGUCAUCCUCACCCAGUCCUUCGUCGUCGCUGUCCUCAUUGGUGCGAUAUCGGCCAUACAAGCUUACUUCGUGGUGGUGGUGCACUCCUUCGCUCAAACCCUGGAUGAGACGCAACAGGGAGCGUAAACUGUAUUACAGUAUUACGAGCCCUGACCUUUAGUCAACUGCAUGCUCGUGUCUUGUGUGCUCCUCGCCCCACAAGAUGUUGGCUUUCUCUGUGCAUGCGGUCAACUGCUAACUCAACUAAUUAAUGUGUUCCAUUUUAAGAUUUUAUUGCCAUAAAUGAUAUAACAAUUUUGCAAUCAAACUGUUAUGCUAUUAUUUAUAAUUAUUGUUGUUUCUUGUUCACAAAUAAAUAUGCUAAUUAAA